AUGAACGUAAUUGUGGUAGAUUGGAGCGCAGGAAACAGUGGAUUGAAUCUCAUUAAAGCUGUCAGGAAUACUAUUUUAUCAGGAGCAUCCGUAGCCCGCUUUAUCCUCUGGUUGAACAGCAUCACAGGAGCCAAUCUAUCGCAGUACCACGUGGUAGGCUACAGCCUCGGCGGGCACCAGGCUGGGGCGGUCGGUAGGAACCUUGGAGGCAUGGUGGCUUAUAUUACUGGACUGGACCCAGCACGACCCCUCUUCGAGGACAACGCGGAUAAGUUUGCCCCCAAUGACGGGGUCUACACAGAAGUGAUACAUACGAAUGGAGGUGGACUGGGCUAUCUGGAACCUCUUGGUGAUGUGGACUUUUACCCCAAUGGGGGUGUAAAAAUGGCAGGCUGUCUCACUGGAUUGUGUAGUCAUGAUCGAGUGUUCCACUACUUCGCGGAGUCUGUUCGUGGAGGAGUAUUCACCGGCAGCAAAUGUGAGAGCUACCAACAUGCAGUCAAUGGCACCUGUCCUUCAGAAGACACCUUACUCAUGGGAGGCAUCGAACCUAAGACUGGGUACUCUGGCGUGUAUUAUUUGCAAACUAAUUCAUGGCCGCCAUAUUCCCGUGGAUAA